UGAGCAGGUGUGAGACAGAGUGAUCCACUCCACCUGACUAAGAGCGUCUGUAGGACAACAGGUUAACCCUGAAACACACAUCUCACUGUCAGAGCAGUCUGAGCUUGGAAGAUACACACUCUGGUUUCUACCGUCAGGGAACGAAUCAUCACUUAACAGCAUACAAAGAUCAUGUCUGGCUUGCAGAAGCUUCCCCUCACAGUGGCCCUCUGCCUGCUGCUCCUCGCCACACUCAUACCCAGCUCUGAGGCCAGGCGUGGUGGAGGAGGUAGAGGCUUCGGUCGAGGUGGUGGAGGAGGAGGCUACAGCCGUGGCUGGGGCGGAGGUGGAGGUCAGGCCUACAGACCGGUCCAGAGCGGCGGCUCCAGUGCAGGGAAAGUUGCCGGGGCAGCUGCAGCAGGGGCCAUUGGAGGAGCAGUGCUGGGUUCCGCCCUGAGUCGGCCUGGGUAUGGUGGAGGGUAUGGUGGAGGGUAUGGAGGGUAUGGUGGAGGAUACGGUGGGGGUUAUGGAUAUGGAGGCUACCCCAGAUAUGGCGGUGGCUACGGACCUAGACCUGGAUAUGAGCAGGAGGGAUCUGGAGAUAUGGAGUACUAUGCUUAUGGAGCAUCCAGCGGCCCCAUCUAUAACAGCAUCAUCGUCGUGAUCGGCUCCCUGAUGUCCCUGCUGAUGGGUCAUUGGGUGGCGCUCAUGUAGAGCUUGAUACGGAGCUGGGGUCCUUAAAAGGACUCAAGCAAAGCCCUCAACUAAAAUAAACCCCCAAACCUGACAGAAAACAGAAGAACCUCUUUUUGAUUCCAACUUGACUGUGACCAAAAAAUAACCCUGCAACAAAGAAAAACUGUGGCCAUUUUAUUUUCUCAACACUUCACUGACCCUCCAUGAAGACAGGAACAGGAAUCUGACCUUUGACCUUUACAAUAUGACAGUGAGACUGCAGGUGUACUGAUGAACAAGAGAAGAACUCCCUCUAGACUACAGAUGAUACAACUUAAUGAAUAACUGCAGAUAUCCACACUCCCUUUCUGUCUUUCAAUGUGGUCAGUGUUUUUAUACUUUUUAUGAUAGAGGUGAAGAGAUUUAUUUUUAUGUUUACUUAAUGAUCAAUUUAUAAAUAUAGUAUUAAAGGGCAUACCUGUUAAGUCUACCUCAAGAAGGGCCUAGAGUUUAAGAGCAGCUACAUUUGAUAAUGCCAUUUCUCGGUUUAUUCAAUUAUAAAUGACAUUUUAGUCUUGUUUUUUCAUGCAUCUUGAGUACAUCGCUUGUAUGUAUAUGCCACUAUUAAAAGUACACCUGUGAUGCAAUUCUGUAGAUUUUUAUUUAAAACAGAAAUGUGUGUCCUUGUUUAAUGUCAUUCAGUGAAUUAAACAAUAAGAUCAAA